UGUAUAUUUGUGACUGUGUUGUAGAGAAUGUAUAACUGUUAGCUGAACGCUCUCGCCUGUCAAACCGAAGGCAGCUCUGGUGCGGGGAAAUAUGCCGACCUUGUCCUUGCCACUUUCAAACCUGCUCAAAAACAAGGAGGGUUUUAAGAGACUGAUCGCGGACUUUAAGUAUUUGCACUCUAGAAGCGGGAUAUGGACCGUCAGCACCAGCGCGCCGUGGAUCUCGAGCUCCCGGGGACCGAAUUCUGCUCUCGUGUCCCGGAGACAGGCUCCUGUGGGACAACUGACAGCGGGGAACAUGUGCACCAGCUCCAGUGACGACAAGACCAGCUGGCUCUGGUCUGUUUACAAUGAAACCAAACAGCAAACGCAAGAUUUAAUUCCUGUGAUAUCAAACAACUUUGUAAACCCAGAUACCAUCUUUGCUAAUAAUCAGAUGAGUCUGCAGGACAUUGAGAUCUAUGGUUUUGACUAUGAUUACACACUGGCGUUUUACUCCAGUCAUCUUCACACACUAAUAUUCAACAUCGCCCGAGACAUCCUCAUCGACGAGCACAGGUAUCCAGAGGGACUGAGGGAAUAUGAUUAUAUACCGAAUUUUGUGAUUCGUGGUCUGCACUAUGAUGUCCAAAAGGCCUUACUGAUGAAGAUUGAUGCCUUUCAUUACAUCCAGCUGGGUACAGUGUACAGGGGUCUUAAUCCUGUGCCAGAAAAGGAGGUCAUUGCGAUGUACGAGGGCUCCCAUGUACCCCUCGAGAUCAUGAGUGACUUCUAUGGCAAGAGCUCUCACGGUCACACCAUGAAGCAGUUCAUGGAUAUCUUCUCCCUGCCUGAAAUGACGCUGCUGUCAUGCGUUAAUGACUACUUCAUGAAGCACAACAUUGACUAUGAGCCUGUUCAUCUUUAUAAAGAUGUCAAGGAGGCCAUAGGAGAUGUCCAUGUCAGAGGGAUUAUGUAUAGAGCGGUAGAGGCUGAUAUUGAGAAAUACAUCUGUUACGGUGAACAGACACAUGCUGUUUUACAGAAGCUGUCUAGGAACGGAAAGAAGAUGUUUUUGAUUACGAACAGCCCAUUUGAUUUUGUAGAUCGAGGCAUGAACUACAUUGUUGGUAAAGACUGGCGGGACCUGUUCGAUGUUGUCAUAGUGCAGGCCGACAAGCCAGGCUUUUUCAAUGACAGGAGGAAACCAUUCAGACGAGUUACUGAUAAAGGCGUGCUGCUGUGGGACAGAAUUCACCACCUUGAGAAAGGGCAGAUCUAUAAACAGGGAAACCUGUAUGAGUUUUUGCGGCUUACAGGCUGGAGGGGCUCAAAGGUUUUGUACUUUGGAGAUCACAUUUACAGCGACCUUGCCGACCUGACCCUAAAACACGGUUGGAGAACAGGAGCGAUUAUUCCUGAGCUGCGUAAAGAGAUCAAAAUCAUGAAUACUGAGGAGUACGUGCACACUAUGACCUGGCUACAGGCCCUGACUGGACUGGUGGAACAAAUGCAGGUGCACCGGGACCCUGCAUCACAAACGGUGAUUCAGCAGUGGAUCGACGAACGGGAGGAGAUGAGGUUACGGACCAAAGACAUCUUCAAUGCCCAGUUCGGCAGUCUUUUCCGCACAUACCACAACCCAACCUACUUCUCACGCCGUCUGUCCCGCUUCGCUGACAUCUACAUGGCGUCCCUCAGCUGUCUGCUGAACUACGACCUCCAGCACACCUUCUACCCCAGACGCACACCCCUGCAGCACGAGUCCCCUAUCUGGCCCGAGCAGACCAGCACCGGAGCCAUAAACAUCCCCUUCCAGAGCCAAAGGACGACCACCGGAACCGAGUAGAGAUGCUGUACAAGGCUUUAAAAUUUACGCACAGAACAGCUACUUUCACAUUAUAUCACUUUAAUCAGAUGUAGUUUCAAAGACACGUGCAGGUGAGUUGCUACAUAUAUCUUAAAUUGUAGAUCUGUGCUGUGGUACACGCAAUCUGUGGAUACUUUAUUUUUGAUACUGUGUAAAACACUCUGUAUGGACGAGAAAGUACUUACGGAACUUUGUGGUGUUUUAAUGUGCCUCGUACUGUAAGCGAGAUUUUAUUUUUGUAGUUUGUAGCGUUUCUUUCAUCAUUGGCCUUCAUGAAGCUUAUCGAUAGAAUGAAGGAGAUAAUACUUGACACACAAAAGUGAAUGUACCUAUGAAAGGAUUAAAAAUUAGUCGUUUUUGAGAUGAACCUGGUUUCAAGAAGCUAAUGAUGAACAACUUUUGUUAGAACCAAAAGGGAAACUCUCAGGAAGGCAGAUGGACACUAUUGAUUUUGAAAUGAUUAUAAAAAAAUUCAGUGUUUAAUGUUUUAAAAAGCCUUACAUACUGUUUAGCAAUGUGUGAUGAUAAUGUACAACUGGCUUCAAAAAUUUUAAACCACUAGUGAUUUUUUUUUUUUUUUUUCUCCCUCUCAUAUUAAGCAACAGUUUUCAAAAUUGAUUUUUUUUUUAUAUUAGCAUUUAUUAGAAUGCUGAUUUGCAGAAAACAUGAUGGAAUUGUGGAAUCCAGUCAUGAUAAUGGAAUUUACUGUAUAAUACGGAAUGACAUGGAAUUUGACAAAUUUUGGAUGAAUAAAUCAAAAGUUGCAACCCUUUUAUUAUCAAAAUAAAAGUUUGGUUUAACUUGAAGAAAUUGUUACAGAAAUAUAUGACUUGAUGUAAUGAUAGUACUCCUACUAAUAUUAAAAUGAUUAUUAAAACAUAAUUUUUUUAAGGAAUAUUUAUCAUACAGAAUUUAUUUACCAGAAAAAAAAAUUAAAUACACAACACAGUAAUUCUGGAGAAAACCUAAAAUAAAAUAACAAUAAUAAAUUAAUUAUUUAUAGAAUUCAUUAAUUAGAAAUGCUUUUGAUCUAUAAAUUUAAUGAAACCAUUAAAAUGGAAUCUAGAAAAUGAAUAGAAAACAGAAUUUGAGAAAAAAAAAAUAGAAGGUAUUUAAUAUGUAAUUUGUUAAAUUUAAUAAAUUUCUGGAAAAGUUUCAUGAUUUUAAUUAGAUAUGAUUUUUGAUUAAUAAAAUGUAAUUUAUUCAUUACAACAGAGUCUAGAGAAAUUAAAAUGGGGAAAAAUGGAAACCAGAAAAAUUAAAAUGGAAAAACAGAAUUUUGAAAAAAAAAAACUGAAUUUGGGUGGAAAAAAUUCCAAAUGAAUUUAGGUGUUUUAUUUGUUAUUGUUAAUUAUUAUUAUUAUUAUUAUUUAAGCAAUCCUAAAACUUUCUAAGUUUAAAUUUGUUUUUGAAUCUUAAUUUUUCAUUGUGGUUUCAGAUUUUUGGUCCCUGCUGUAUGUUUUUGUCGAAUGUCGACAUUGUGUAAAUGUUUAGAAAUUAACAUUAUAGCUGAACAUAUAUAUAGUUGCUGUACAAUGAGAUUUUUUUGUGACUCCUAAAGUGAAGGAGCAUAUUGUACUGUUUCAUUUUAUGAUCGCCUAGAGGGCAUUUCUGCUUACAUGGUAAAUAUAUAUUUUUGACUUUUCAUAUUGUUUCAGUAUACUGAACAUGGUAUUGUAUGAACGUUUGCAUCGUGUUUUGAAGACGCCAGUAUUGGUUGGAUUUUGCUUUGUUGAAACUGAGAACGCACAGUAGUUUUUUUUGUUUGCUUAGCUUCUUUUUAUUGAUACUGAAGGAAGGACUGUUAUGACGCUUUCUUUGCCUUUGUCUUUUUUUUUGACACUGUUCAAAUGGGUUUAUGUGUUGAUCCUUAUUUGAAGUGUAUUUUAUUUGGGAUAUUUAUUAUAAAUUUAAUCAAACUGA